GACUUCUCACUCUUCUUAUACUCAACCUAGACCCUUAUCCUGAGCUUCUCAUGCUAUGGCUCGAGGACGUGGUUCAUUCGGAUUAUCGGCGGUUCGUGGAGGAAACACAAGGUUUCGCGGUGGAUUUCGUGGACGCGGUGGUCGUGGACGAGGAGGAUUCUCCAAAAGAAGUGAUGGGCUCAGACGCGAAGAGGAUGGGACACAUCUCGCUGAAAGAUUUGAGAGGGUCAAACUGAAUGACGAAAUUGACGAAAAACUUGGCUUUCCAGGCGUGCAAGAAGGCGUGGUACGAGAAGGGUGGUUGGUUAAUAUGCACCCGACAACAAUAAAAGACCCAGACUGGCCUGGGGGUAAAUCAGCAGUAGAAUACUAUUUUAUUCAAGAUGACGGUUCCAUGUUCAAGUCUGCCUUCGUGUAUGAGCCGUACUUCCAGAUCGCGUGCAAACCAGGCAUGGAGAACAUCAUUGAAGAGUGGCUGAAUAAAAAGUAUGAAAGUCUCAUCGUCCGCAUUUCUCGGGAAAGGAAGGAAGACCUCAAACUACCUAACCAUCUCAUGGGCCAUCGCCGUCUCUAUCUUCAACUAUGCUUCCGGAAUAUCACCGAUCUGCUCACGGUGCGUCGCGAUAUAAUGCCUCUCGCACUUGCGAACAGUGCCAAGCGGAAUGCAGUGGACGCCUAUGCAGAAGUAGUGAACGCAACGAGCGGUGCGGCGAGUAUGGAUAUAUCUAUUGACGAUGAAUCAUUAUGGUCGGGAAUGAGGACGGCAGUUUCAGCUCAUACAGUAGCCUCACGCGAGGACCCUCGCGAAGGAAUCGUCGACAUCCGGGAGUACGAUGUCCCGUAUUAUCUACGAGUCGCUAUCGACAACGACAUUCGGGUGGGGCUCUGGUAUGCAGUGACUUUCACUGCUGGGCAACCAACGUUCAGGCACCUUCCAGAUCGUGUUAAGCGUGCUGACCCCGUUGUGAUGGCGUUCGACAUUGAAACCACCAAGGCUCCUCUCAAAUUUCCUGAUCAAUCCAUUGACCAGGUUAUGAUGAUCUCGUACAUGGUUGACGGACAAGGCUACCUCGUUACCAAUCGGGAGAUAGUUAGCGAGGAUAUAGAGGACUUCGAAUAUACACCAAAGGAGGGUUACGAAGGCCCAUUUAUGAUCUUCAAUGAACCUGAUGAGGCCGCAACCAUAAAACGAUUCUUCACCCAUAUCCAAGAGGUCAAACCGACCGUUAUUGCGACGUUCAACGGAGAUUUCUUUGAUUUCCCUUUCCUGGACGCACGCGCGAAGGUCAAUGGGAUCGAUAUGUUUUUUGAGACAGGAUUCUCGAUAGAUUCUGAAGAUGAAUACAAAUCCCGAACAUGCGUUCAUAUGGACUGCUUCCGCUGGGUGAAGCGAGAUUCGUAUCUUCCUCAAGGGAGUCAAGGUUUGAAGGCGGUCACUACCGCGAAGCUAGGAUAUAACCCCAUCGAACUUGAUCCUGAGCUCAUGACACCGUAUGCGAUGGAGCAACCUCAAGUUCUUGCACAGUAUUCCGUUUCCGAUGCUGUUGCUACGUACUAUCUCUACAUGAAAUAUGUCCACCCGUUCAUAUUUUCCCUCUGCAACAUCAUCCCUCUCAAUCCCGAUGAGGUUCUCCGGAAGGGAAGUGGAACGCUUUGCGAGACGUUGUUAAUGGUGGAAGCCUACAAAGGUCAUAUCAUCAUGCCCAAUAAGCAUGAGGAAGAGCAUGGCAAUUUCUAUGAUGGCCAUCUCUUGGCCUCGGAAACCUACGUGGGAGGACAUGUUGAGGCCCUGGAAGCUGGUGUCUUCAGGAGUGAUAUUCCUACGGACUUCAAGAUAACUCCAUCAGCGGUUGAGAAGUUGAUCGGUGACUUGGAUGCCGCAUUAACCUUCUGUAUCGUCGAAGAGUCCAAAGCGUCUUUGGACGAUGUCACCAACUACGACCAAGUCAAGUCGGAUAUCCGGGCUGCUCUUGAGACACUACGCGACAACCCGAAACGAACCGACAACCCGCUUAUUUAUCAUCUCGAUGUCGCUGCUAUGUAUCCCAACAUCAUGUUAUCGAAUCGUCUGCAGCCUGACUCGAUGGUCGACGAGUCUGUCUGUGCAGUCUGUGACUACAAUCGCCCAGGUAAAACUUGCGAUCGACGAUUGGAAUGGGCCUGGAGAGGAGAAUUCUUCCCAGCUCAUCGUGACGAGUAUAAUAUGAUUCGACACGCUUUGAAUCAAGAGUCUUUCCCGCCGAAACGGCCUGGCGGUCCAGAACGACGAUAUACCGACCUCACACCUGCUGAACAGACGGCGUUGAUGCACAAACGACUGGGUGACUAUUCUCGGAAGGUUUACAAAAAGACGAAAGACACGAAAGUGGAGAGAAGGGAGUCGAUUGUAUGCCAACGGGAGAAUCCCUUCUAUGUCGAUACUGUGCGCCGUUUUCGUGACCGCAGAUACGAGUACAAGGGCCUACUCAAGACUUGGAAGAAAAACUUGGAUAACGUGGUCAGCGAAGGUCGCUCAAUAGCGGAAAUUGACGAAGCCAAGAAGAUGGUUGUCAUCUACGACUCGCUUCAGCUUGCACACAAAUGUAUUCUCAACUCCUUUUAUGGAUACGUGAUGCGAAAGGGCGCUCGCUGGCAUUCGAUGGAGAUGGCAGGGAUCACCUGUCUGACUGGUGCUACUAUCAUCCAGAUGGCACGGGCACUCGUUGAGCAAAUCGGCCGUCCCCUUGAGUUGGACACAGAUGGCAUAUGGUGCAUGCUCCCUGGAAUAUUUCCGGAGAACUACAAGUUCGAGCUUAGGAAUGGCAAGGCUAUUGGAUUUUCCUACCCUUGCACAAUGCUCAAUCACCUCGUCCACGACCAGUUCACCAAUCAUCAAUACCAUGAUCUUGAUCCUGAAACACGCCUUUACGAAGUCCACAGUGAGAAUUCAAUUUUCUUCGAGCUCGAUGGCCCAUACAAAGCCAUGAUUCUGCCUUCAUCAAAAGAGGAAGACAAACUGUUGAAGAAACGUUAUGCCGUCUUCAAUGAUGACGGUUCUCUAGCCGAAUUGAAAGGUUUUGAGGUGAAGCGUCGGGGCGAGCUGCAGCUCAUCAAGAUCUUUCAGUCGCAACUAUUCGAGAAGUUCCUUCUCGGAACCACGACAGAGGAGUGUUAUGCUGCUGUUGCAGAAGUGGCUGAUCAGUGGCUCGAUGUACUGUUUAGUAAAGCCAUUGACCUUUCGGAUGAGGAGCUUGUCGAUCUCAUCGCUGAAAAUCGAAGCAUGUCAAAAACAUUGGCGGAAUAUGGAGGACAGAAAUCGACAUCGAUAAGCACGGCUCGGCGUCUGGCUGAGUUUCUCGGAAACCAAAUGGUCAAGGACAAAGGUCUCGCAUGCAAAUUCAUUAUUUCAGCGCGACCGAUUGGUGCUCCUGUUACUGAGCGCGCAGUUCCUGUUGCGAUAUUUUCUGCUGAAGAGAGCAUCAAGCGAAGCUAUCUCCGGAAAUGGCUGAAGGACAACAGUCUUGUUGACUUUGAUCUCCGGUCUAUCUUGGAUUGGCAGUACUACAUAGAGCGUCUUGGCUCAGUCAUCCAAAAACUGAUUACCAUCCCCGCUGCGAUGCAGAAGGUUGCGAACCCUGUACCUCGAAUCCACCAUCCCGACUGGUUACACAGGCGUGUUGCCAACGCCGUGGACAAAUUCAAGCAAAACAAACUAACAGACUUUUUCAAACCCGCUGGCAUGCUAGAUGGCUCUGAAGACCAUAUCCAUGAUAUCGAAGAUGACACUGGUACUUCCCAUUUGCCUAGAGUUCGACUCGCACCGCUUGAGCGAAAGUUUAUUCGCCAAUCAACGCCAGAACCAGAAGAGGAUGAGGCCCUUACGAAACCUCCCCCGGAUCCAUACAUCAAUUACUCUGCAUGGAUCAAAGCCAUGAGACCGCGAUGGAGAUUAAGGCAGCAGGGCGAACGCACGUCAGCGGUUGUACCUGCUAUGUUUAACAAUGUGAAAGUCCGCACCAAUAAGAGGUGGGAUAUCGUCCAGCUUCGCCCUAGCAGCACUCCAGGUCGCUAUAUCCUAUGGUUAUCCGUGGAUUCCGAAUUGAUACCUGUUCCCUUACGUAUCCCAAGGGAGUUCUACAUCCACAUGCGUCAACCAAAGGAAAGCAUGUUUCGACCGGAAUUCUAUUCCUUUGAGCAAGUUUCCCGCAGUCUGCCUCGGGAGCUACCUUGCUUAAACUUGUACAAAAUUACGGUUCGCGAAGACAUCUAUCAAGAGAUGCGAGAACAUUUCAUUGACCUCGCUAGCGAUCCAAAUGUUGACGGAGUGUUCGAAUUACAGAUACCACUGGUUGUUCGGGCGCUUAUGAAACUCGGGCGCACUUGUGAAACUCGGGAUAUCACGAUGUCUCUAAAUCGGGCGCAGAACGUCGGUUUUGAUUUACGACAACUUGAUAGCCCAAUGACAUCCGCAACCCCACGCCAGUAUCUCAGUGGUGGCAAGGGCGGGCACUACGUUUUCUUGUAUCAUGCGUUUUCGGCGGCCUCACCGCUCCACGUGUUUGCCCUUUUUUUCCCAACUGGGGCAGUCAAGCUUCACAUCGUUGAUCCCAACACUCGAAGGCAACCUAUACCUCGCCUCUCGGAGACUUACAUUGAUUUGCGAAAUCACCAACAGCAGAGUUACGGAAAAAGUCGAAGUAUUAACUACCCCGAAUCGCGAGAAUUCAAUACCACAUAUCACUCUACGGAAACGACAGCUUUGAAGGCUGUAUCUCGAGAACUGGGUUUACACGAAAACAAAUCCUGUACCGUUGUCCUUUCUUCUAGCAAAGACGACUCCUAUUUCGAUAUCCAUCUACCCAAGCUUGCCAAUUUCCCUGUCCUCUCAUUGUCGAAAGCAAAAUCAGCCCAUACCUUAGAUGUUUUUCCGUGGCAGUCACACGUAGCACGAAAAAUGCUUGCCCGCUAUCUCUCGCUUGGGUCAUGGCUGGAUAGGUUGCAUGCGCUAGCCGAAUACUUCGAUAUCCCCAUUGGACAUAUAGAAGGCGACCAACCUCUGUUGACAUCUGAUAUCACAUUUGCCCGCCGACUUGUCCAACAGGAUAUGGUAUUAUGGUGGUCCCCCAGCGAUCGCCCCGAUUUAGGUGGACUCGAGGAUGACAGGCGUCACAUGGAAGAUCUCCCUAACACUGAAUUUGUGGUACCCGGGGUGUAUCCCAACGUCUGCCUUGAAAUAACGAUUCGAAAUCUAGCCGUUAAUUCCGUGAUUCAUUCAGUGGUAGUGAAUGAGUUGGAAGGAAGUGGCGGAACUACGGCAUUUGACUCCGUCUCAAAGACAAUCAAUGAGUAUGCAGACGGAGGGGGACAACGUGAUCUCACACUUGGAGAAUCAAACGUUUCCUCGCAUACAUUCAGUAUCCUGAAGAACAUGGUCAAGACAUGGCUUCUGGACCGGAUUCAGAGUAAUGAACAAAGUCCGGCCACCCUGUCGAUUGAUCACUUCUGGCGUUGGGUUAGUUCGAGUACCUCUAACAUGUACGACACCAGCAUCCACCGGUUUGUCCAUGCCCUCAUGCGCAAAACGUUUAUUCAACUGCUUGCCGAGUUCAAACGCUUAGGAUCUCAAGUCAUUUAUGGGGACUUGAGCAAGAUAUUGCUCGCUACGUCCAAACCGCCAGGCACUGCACAUGCUUAUGCGACCUACAUCAACACCGCUGUCACCUCACACGAAUUGUUCCAGCAUGUGUAUCUACGCACAGAGCGAUUCUAUGAUUACUUGGUCUUUAUGGACCAAGCGAAUAUGGGCGGAAUUUUAUGUGAGGAUCCGCUUGCACUCGAGCCGCCUAAUGAACUGUCUGUUGAAAUGCAUUGGAACAUUUCCGAGUUCCUUCCUCCAGCAACCCAGAAAUACUUCCAUUCCGUGGUGCAAUACUUCAUCGUCGAACUUUUCCUCCUCCGUCAAAAAGCCAACGAGACUGUGAGGUUACCUCUACGAGCGCUUGGAAACGUGGGUCUCCCUGAAGCUACACAGCAGGAUCUACAUCAAAAGAGCGAAAUGGACACUAUAAGAGAGUUUAUCUCGCGUAAGCUUACACGCAAGAUGCUCAAGACUGUCGGAAACAUUGUUGACCGCCAUCGGGAAGCUACGAUGAUGAACGACUCGGAAGAUUUACAUGGCGAAUUCGAGUUCCCUGUGCUUCCAGGUUCACACCUUCACUUAACAAGCCCUCCUUUGGAGUUUGUGAAGUUUACCUGCGCUGUUUUCCACUUGGCCACCGAGUAUCAGGUUGAGGUUGGUCUCCUUAAGCGGAAUGCUUUGGACUUCGUCGGAGUCCGAGAAUUUGCAGACGCGGCCAAGUUCCGUAACCCAUGUGAGCCACUGAAACUAGCCAAUGUCCCCUGCAAGAAUUGCGACGCUCUCAAGGACUUUGAUUUUUGUCGUGAUUCGGACCUUUUCCCUGUGAGCUCUCUGGAUGGCCACAGGGCCAGAUGGACUUGUUCGAGCUGCUCAGGAGAGUACGACCGCGUCGCUAUCGAGAUGACUUUGAUAGGGAUGGUGUAUAAUCUGGAGCGGACAUUUGCACAACAGGACCUGCGAUGUGCCAAAUGUAAGCAAGUGAGGUCGGAUAACGUGUCGAGAUGGUGCCAUUGCUCAGGAGCGUAUCAGUUGACUUUGAGUAAGGCAGAUGUUAAGAGAAGGCUUAAAACAAUUGUCAAUGUGGCUAUCGUACAUGGAUUAGGGCGAUUGAAGGAUUGCGCCCAGGCCAUGCUGGCAGACUGGUAACAACUCAUUCGCAUCAGAUACCCUGUUUUACGUUAGCAACUACUAUUUGGAGUUGAAGGAACUUGUAAAUCGUAUAUCAAGAAUUCAA